AUGUUAAUACUACAAAGAUGGGAACCAACAACGGAUAAGUCUUUCCCCUCGCUAAAAUCAAUCUGGAUCCAAGUCCAAGGCAUACCUCUUUACCUGUGGUCGGAAGAAACCCUGAAAAGUAUUGUUGACGAUACCGGAAUCUAUGAAUCCUGCGAAAUUACUUCAUCCUCUGCAAAGAUGAGGGUGUUCAUUGAUGGGCUCCUACCUCUUAUCUCCUCUUUUAUGGUCGAGUUUGAGAAUGGAGAUGAAGUGGCGGCAAUCCUAGUGUAUGAUAGACUAGAGAAACACUGUACCAACUGCCUCCGCUUAGAUCAUGACCCUAAGGACUGCCCGCUCAUACCAACAGAUCCAUCUGAGAUUAUGCCAACAAAUCAGAACCAAACCUCUAAGUUAGCAGUUCAGACGAAGACAAUCAGUGCAAGUUCAGAUCUCCCAAGGAGAAGAGCAGAAAGAAGAGACAUUCCUAACCCUCCGAGAAGGCCUCUUCAGGGCUUUCAACUUCACCAAACCCCUUCCCACUCGAGAGAAAGGGAGUUUCGUGCCCCAACUCAUAGAGAAGCUUUUCCGAGGGGAAGUAACUGUCACACUGACCUUCGAAACUUUUAUGAAAACUCUAGAGGAUUCCAUUCUCACUCUGCUCGUCUUGGAGAGCAUGGGAGGCACUAUCCUUCUCCUCCUAGUAAGCAACACUGGAUUCAAAAAGAAAAACCCAAAGAUGGUCAGAAAGAUAGAGAGACUGUCCGUUCGCCUCAUGUCUCAUCUGGAAGCUCAAGAAUGAGAAGGCCUCGUCUGGAUAGAGAACCAUCACCGGAAGCUCUACCCCAGGAAGCAAUGAAUAGUGCCAUGGGAGAAAUUAGAGAUGUUAUGAUCCAGUAUGCAUCUGUUGUGGAUCCUAAUGAAAGUGCAGCAAGGAAAGAGCGGUUAAGACAAGCUGAAGAAAAAGGCCAGCGAGAAGAAGCGGCGGCACAGAUGGUCAGAGCAGCCAUUGUGGUUCGACAAUCAUCUAACAAGCAUCAUGCUUACUUACAACCAGAUGGUGAAAACCUGUCAACUGAGAAAAUCCCAGCAUCACAACGCCUCGGCCCAAGAAUUCCAGAUUCAUCGACCAAUCUGGUGACAUCCUCUCAACCCCUUAACCCAUCUACCAAAAGAAAGACGGGAUGA